CGCACUGCCAUAUCACUUUUACCCGACCGUGACCAUAUGCGACCCGGGAAACGUAACUGGUGUGAUUACUGAAUGAGCUGCCAUGCCGACGCUGCAGUGAAGCUCUGCUUCGGCUCGAAGACCAGGAGUAACGUCAUUUACGUCUUACGUGACUCCCGACUCGCAGGUGCAUCUCGUGCCGGAACGUGCCUAUGAUAAGCAUAAGUCAAAUUACUCCAUACGAUUUGCGAAUAAUAUGAAUACCCCAUAUGCCUAUGAAUUGGGUUUUAAUGUUCCCAUUUGCAUGGAGGCAUAUUUGCAGAUUCGCCGUUAAUGGCGCCAAAGUGGUUGCAUACAGCACACUGACGCCAAGUGAAUGCAAUGCGAGGUUUUGAGAGGUUUUGGAAACGCCUCCCUUUUAGAGGAUAUAUAAUUGUUAUCGCAUGAUAAUUGUUUUCAAAAUUAAAAUUUUACAGGACAAAUUGACAUAAGCCAAGGACAUAAGCAUUUUAAGUGCCGCCGAAGCUCACACUAUUUUUACUAGGGACUGCAAGAAACUUAUCCGUACAUAGUUGGAAAAUGGUUGUGCUUGGUUUAACUUUAAGUGAAGCGACGUAAUGCAAUAUUAAACCCGAAGCAGAACAACUAGAAUACAUGCCUCAUACUUCGUAAAAAUUGUGCUUUGAAAAUGCAUGACAUUCAGCCGAAAGGCAUCGAUUAUUACGGGGUCCUUGAACUGGAGAAACAUGCUUCCCUUCAAGAGAUCAAACAGGCAUUUCGACGAUUGUCCCUCAAGUUCCAUCCAGUGCGAAACCCCGAACGCUUCAAGAAAGAGCCGCAACGGUUUCGGCAACUCUGUGAAGCAUAUGAUGUUUUGAGCAAUCACCAGAACAGGACGAUUUAUGAUCAAUACGGCGAAGCAGGACUCAAACGGGGAGUCCCGCGCCCAAACGGUGGCUUCACCGACCCUUACGUGUUCGUUGGUGAGCCGGAGGAUAUUUUCUGCGACUUUUUUGGCACGAAUAGCCCUUAUGCUGAUUUAAUUGAUUGCACUAAAAAGGCAUUUUCCCAGUACCAGGGUGAUGGCGGCACGCAAGAGCGCAAGAAAGCACCGAACCUGGUAACACCGCUAGUGCUCAGUCUCCAGGAGCUCUACACUGGCUGCCUGAAGAAGGUGCGCGUCAGUCGGCGGGUGCUGGACGACAGUGGCACCACCACCACCCUGCGCGAGAAGAUCCUGACUCUGCACAUCGAGCCCGGCUGGCCGGCCGGCAAGACGAUCACUUUCCGCGAGGAGGGCGACCAGGGUCCCAACAUCAUACCGGGUGAUCUUGUAUUUGUUCUGGAGGACGCGCCGCACGCGCACUUCGAGCGUGACGGUCACGACUUGAUCUACCGAGUGCGCGUGCCGCUGGUGCACGCGCUGACCGGCUGCAGCGUGGACGUGCAGACUCUGGACGGUCGUCUCCUGCACAUCAGCGUGCAUGACGUGGUGUUCCCGGGCUUCGAGAAGGUGGUGCGCGGCGAGGGCAUGCCUGCGCCGACUCAGGAGCGAGACGGACUACCGCCGGCCAACCGUAUGCCGAGCAAAGGCAACCUCAUCAUCAGGUUUACGGUGGAGUUUCCCCGUCGCCUGUCGCAGAUGCAGCGACACGCUCUGCGUGCCGUCUUGCUGGCAGGCACCAAGUAAGCCCGAACGAAGUGAAUGGCUCGAACAUCCGAUUGAGGUCGGCUCUAGACCUACGAACCGACGACAUUACGAAGGACUAACUUGCCAAUGGCACAAGACAAGAAAGUUGACACGCGUUCUAACUAGGAUGCUUCGAAAUGUAAUAAAAUGCAUCCAAUGUUCA